CUCUUCCGGGUCAGCUGACCGCGCGCGGUCACGUGACCCGGCCCGAGUGCGGGCGGUGGAAGGCGGAAGUGGGAGCGGAGUACGGCGCCGCUUCUGUGGCCGCGGCAGUUUCAUGGUGAUGAUAUGGCAUCUGCUAGCUCCAGCCGGGCAGGAGUAGCCUUGCCUUUUGAGAAGUCUCAGCUUACUCUGAAAGUGGUGUCAGCAAAGCCCAAGGUGCACAAUCGGCAACCUAGAAUUAACUCCUACGUGGAAGUGGCAGUGGAUGGACUUCCCAGUGAGACCAAGAAGACUGGCAAGCGCAUUGGGAGCUCCGAGCUUCUCUGGAAUGAGAUCAUCAUUUUGAAUGUCACAGCCCAGAGUCAUUUAGACUUGAAGGUCUGGAGCUGCCAUACCUUGAGAAAUGAACUACUAGGCACCGCCUCUGUCAACCUCUCCAAUGUCCUGAAGAACAAUGGGGGCAAAAUGGAGAACACGCAACUGACCCUGAACCUACAGACGGAGAACAAAGGCAGUGUUGUUUCAGGCGGAGAGCUGACAAUUUUCCUGGAUGGGCCGACUGUUGAUUUGGGAAGUGUGCCUAAUGGCAGUGCAGUGACAGACGGAUCGCAGCCAUCUUCAAGAGAAUCCAUUGGGACAGUUGUGGCUCCAGAGAACCGGCACCCACUCCCCAGCACAAACUGCUUUGGUGGGAGAUCCCGGACGCACAGACAUUCAGGUGGUUCAUCCAGAACAAUCACAGCAACUGGUGAGCAAAGCCCUGGUACCAGGAAUCGGCACCGCCAACCCAUCAAGAACCCAAGCCACAGUGGCCUGGCCAAUGGCACAGUGAAUGAAGAACCCACUGUAGCCACUGAUCUUGAAGAACCUUCUGUUGUUGGUGUGACGUCCCCACCUGCCACAGCCUUGAGUGUGACCCCGAACCCCAGCACGACGUCUCUUCCGGGUUCAGCCACACCAGCUGAGGGAGAGGAGCCCAGCACUUCAGGGACACAGCAGCUCUCAGCAGCUGCCCAGGCUCCCGAUGCUCUGCCUGCUGGGUAAGUAACCUUCUGUUUCACAGCAAUGUUUUCCCUCAGACUGAGCCUUCUUCACCAGGUCAGAAACAACAUAGUUAUUUAUUACUUAGUGACUGGUAGUCUUGGGAGGCCACCAUGCAUAGAAGCGAGGGUGGUGUGGAAGAACUGCUUGUUCUACAUAAAUUUUAAAAAGAUUCUAAAUCAUCUGGACAGAAUCAAUGCUACCUUAUGCCACUACUUGAAAUGAACAGCUUGACUCAGUGAGUGGUUUCUACCAAACAAGGAGCUCAUUUUGCCUUUCUGAAUCUUGGGAGGGUAUUCACCUAGAUCCUGCUUAGAAAACACCUUUUCUCUCUUGAAUUUUAUCUUAGCUUGUGGAGGACUUGGGUUUUUCUGAAUUAAUAUUACUGUAUGCUAUUUCCAUAGCUGGGACUGAAAUUAACAUGAGCUGCUAGUUUUCUUGCCAUCCUUCAGUUUGGAAUUAAAUAUGGUGGUAAAGACCUUGGAUGAGAAGAUGAUCCCCGUAAGCAAAGGGAAGUUCAAAUUUGACUACAUAGUGAGUAGAGAUGAAGAGCAGGAACUUGGAAAUCAGUUGAUCUGGGUUGAAUCAACCCCUCUAUCCUACUGUGUGACCUUGGCCAAGUGACUUUCAUUUUGGGAAGGUGGAGAUAAUGACCAUAUGUGUCUCCCAGGAAAUUUAGGGACUCAAAGAAGAUGGUUCAUGUGAGGCACUUGCUGAAUGAUGCAAGUGAUAUUUUUGAAGUGGUUGUGAAGGGGAACUAAAAGAAGAGAAUGCUUCUGAACUGGUAAAUGAAGUCUUAGCUAAUGCUGAUCAUGGUUAGGACCAAUCCUGUUGUUUAUCCUGGUUAUCAGUUUGAUAAGGAAGAAACCAAUGUCCAUAUUGUAAUAGUCCCUGGCAAUCUGGCUAAAGUUGGCUUGGUGGUGGGUCCUGUGAAUCUGUAUAACUCAUGAAGGAGAAAGGAAGGAUGUACAUUCUCCUGCUUGAUGUAUAAUGUGCUGUAUUUUUCUUAAAGCUACUUCUGAAGACCCAGUCUUUAAAAUAAAAGUCCUAAAUCUGAAGGCACAUGUGAUUUUUUGCCACACA